CGUAAACAGCGACGCCGCCGACGCUUUCGCAUUUAUUUACGGAGUCGUCGGCCCCACGAUUGUAACUUUCGGUUUGAUUGGCAAUAUUCUGAUUCUAUUCGUAGUCGGACGAUCUCGAAUGGAAGGUGCGAUUCCAGUCUACUUGUCGGCGCUGGCCCUGUAAGAUAUGGGCGCUCUGUUAUCUUCCAUUCCCUUGUGGAUCCGGUUGGCUCAAAAAGUGGCCUGCAGCCACUGGAACGCAUUUUACUACGGCCAUCUGGAACUGUUCAUUCUCAACACCUUCAUGGCCGCUUCCAUUUUCAAUGUUGUUGCUCUGACCGUUGAGAGAUACACUUCAGUCUGUUUGGCGGGCCAGUUCCCGAAAAUCCACACUCCCCUCAGAGCUAAAAUGGCCGUCGCUACAUCCUUUUUGCUAGGCCUAAUCGUCAGCUUUCCACUUUGCAUCCUCAAGUAUGUGGUGGUCAACAGCGAGGAGGAAAUGAUGGCUAAAAAUUUGAGCGAGUGUCGUUUCCAGUACUUGGAGAACAGGAACGUGACAGCACACCCCCUUUGGACGGCCUAUGUUUGGAUAGGAGAGAGUCUCGUUCGCUUCCUUCCUGGUCUAAUCUUGGUCAUCCUCAACAUGUUGAUUUUGAUUAAAUACCACGGCGUCGUCAAAACGCGCAGGCAGAUGCAGCGCGGGCAGCCCAAUGCGAACGCCAACGGGAAUAACGGGCGCUCAGACCGCAACCUUGAACAGGAACGCAAACUGUUAACGCUUUUGUUGUCAAUAAUCGUACUGUUUUUCAUCACCAACAUCCCGUCGGCGGUCCUGUCAAUCAUCUACGAUCAAGAGCUGGAGGACUCUCACAGCUUCCAGGUGUUUCGCGCCGUGGCCAACCUACUGGAAAUGAGCAACUUUGCACUGAAUUUCUGCAUGUACUUUCUCUGCAGCAAGGAGUUCCGCAAAAUGUUGUACAAAGCCAUGCCGCAAUGUGGGUUCUCGAAAUUUUUCAUCUUGUCUUCGACUACCAGUAAUAGCCAGUCUUCAAAUCCUCAAACAGUUCCAAACACAUUAUCAGGAACACUAAACAAUCAUCCUCCUUGACUAGGCAAAAGAAAACCACAAAUCAAUGUCAACAUGGCCACGGUGAAGACCACAGUACUGGAAUAAUGACAAUAAAACUCGUUUGCUGUAGCUACGCUUUAAUAAGUAUUUCGUAAAUUUACUAAAUUCACCUAUAUCUUGAUGUUGAUAUUGAUUUCUUUCAGCUUACCAUGUGUCUAAGUUUUUCUUCAGUAACAACAAUUAUCAUCAAAGGAUUUGGAUAUUUUAAAACCCAUAUUCUAGCUUCCUUCCUGAAAUCCUAUAUAACUGUGUAAUACUAGAUACCAAAUAAAUAUAUAUACCAUUGAAUGA